CACAUCUUCUGGACUUAGCUGGAAAUCUUCACCAUCCCAGGAUCGCUUCACUUCUUGUCCUUUCUUCUUGAGCACGUCCUCUAUCGUAUGCGCUCCUUCUCCGAACCAACCCAGAUUAUCGGCAAUAAGAUGGCGAUUUUUGCACGAUGGACACUGUGCAAUUACUACUCCAUGCUGGUACGCUUGCUUCGACAUCAUCUUCGCAGUUCGAGUCUUGCACACGUCGCACGUGAAUAUCAUCAUCAGCUGGCCUUGUUCAACAUCGAUUUUCCCUAGAGUGGCCGUUCCAGUCGUGGGCUGAGUUUCUCCAUUACUGGCAAUAGCUUGAACUGACUCAGGUAACGCUGGACCAGAAAUCGUGCUGCAUGGUCGAAUGCAGCGUGCAGUACUCACUGGCUGAGCUCUUGCUGCUGUGAAGAGUCUACUCACUACUCUAGAAGCACUCCUUGCGCGGUACAUAAUGAAUUCUUCCUUGUUGGCUGUCUCCUUCCUGGCCUUGACAAAACUCGUUUCUUCCUUUGAUUUCAAAUCAUUCUCCGAGCUUGCGAGAUUAUGCAACUCCAGUCCACUGCACAUGUGCUGCACGUGCGCUCAAUGCAACAGGGAAUUUCCCUAUCAAAUUUGAAAAAGGGCACGAAACAUCUUCUCUGGUUCGAUGUCCAGUCCUUGUCUUCAUCAGAAGCUGUGCAAAACAGUUACAAAUGUCAUGGACGGAGUGUGGAUUGACUCAAGCCAAUACUAUGAACUAACUUGAUUCACUGCUGGUUUUCAUCCUUUCUGAGCCAUGCUCUCGUACCUUCGAGGACGGAUUCAGACUAGCGGGCCCUUGACGGUCGCACACUAUAUGAGAGAGGCUCUGACGAAUCCUGAAUGGGGCUAUUACAUGAAGAGAGAAGUGUUCGGACGCCAGGGGGACUUCAUCACAUCACCAGAAAUUUCCCAAACGUUUGGCGAGGUCAUUGGUGCCUGGCUGUUGCAUCAAUGGAGAGCUACAGGUGCUCAGUCUCCCGUCCGAUUAAUUGAACUUGGCCCUGGCCGUGGAACGUUGACAUCGGAUAUUCUGCGGACAGUGUGUCAGUUUGGAGAUGUGCGCUCCAGCUUGCAUGUGCACCUGGUGGAGAUCAGUCCGUACAUGCGCGGACGACAGCGCAGGCUGCUCUGCCCCGGUGCCACGGACUCGGGAAGCUCGACCGGCGGCGGCAAUGAGCCUCUUGUGACGGCCAGUACACAAGAGCCAGCAAUGUCCGAUGAGCACGUUUUCAAAGAACAUAAGGAUCUAGGAAAGGAGCACCAGUCGAGGUUUGGCGUGCCCGUCACGUGGCACGCAUCUCUGGAUGAUGUACCUGCAGGCCAUUCGCUAGUAAUUGGGCAUGAGUUUUUGGAUGCUCUGCCAGUGCACCAGUUCCAGAAAACCGAGCAGGGUUGGCGCGAAGUACUUGUUGAUGUUAACGAUGGUCACGGCAGUGACGAGCCAAACCCACCGCCAUUCCGGUUUGUCCUGUCCCCAAAGCCGACGCCGGCGUUAGCCUAUAUUGAGACAUUCCACCGUGAAAGCGGACGUGACCGGCUAGAGAUCAGUCCCCAGCUGGCGGUGGUGGCGCAGCAGAUCUGUGAGCGUCUAGUCAGCACUGGUGGCAUGUCGCUACUAGUCGACUAUGGGGAAGCAGAGCCGAGAGCGGAGUUCUCUUUCAGAUCGUUCCAUCAGCACUCUCUGCAUGAUGCGUUACGAGACCCGGGUAAUGCAGACCUGACAGCCGAUGUUGACUUUUCGUAUUUGCGCCACAUUGCAGAGCCUCAUGUUCAGUGCUAUGGCCCAGUUCCUCAAGGUUUCUUUCUCCACUCUCUGGGAAUCAAAGAACGCUUACAGGUGCUGCUAAAGAAAUCCAACGAAGAACAGCGCAAGCAGCUUAUCAGUGGACUGCAGCACCUGACGAGCCCUAAGCAAAUGGGCAUGCGCUUCAAGAUGUUCGCCAUGACUCCUAAGCAGUGUGUCGUCGCACCACCACCAUUUGUCUUGCGAGACACAGCAGCCACGCCAUGAAGCAUGCGGUGACAUUGGAUCAACGAAAUUCAAUUGUUACACGAGAGUGGUCAAACCCGUACGGCAUAGCCCAGAACCACCCAGACAAAACAGC